AUGGUGCUAGAAGCAACAGUUUUGGUCAUAGACAACUCAGAAUACUCCAGAAAUGGUGAUUUCCCAAGGACAAGAUUCGAAGCACAAAUUGAUUCCGUAGAAUAUAUUUUCCAAGCUAAACGUAAUAGUAAUCCCGAAAAUACAGUUGGUUUAGUAUCAUCUGCUGGUUCAAAUCCAAAAGUUUUAUCCACAUUUACAUCAGAAUUCGGUAAAAUCUUAGCAGGUUUGCACGACACAAUAAUCGAAGGAUCUAUACACCUCACUACAGCUAUUCAAAUUGCAGCAUUAACUUUGAAACAUCGUCAAAAUAAAGUUCAACAUGAAAGAAUUGUCGUAUUCAUAUGUAGUCCUAUCACAGAUGAUAGGCAAGAAUUGAUUAAAUUGGCCAAGAAAUUGAAGAAAAAUAGCGUGACAGUAGACAUAAUCAAUUUUGGUGAAGUUGAAUCUAAUACUGAAAUCUUGGAUGAAUUCAUUCAAACGGUAAAUGCAGGCCAAGAAAAUAGUAGUCAUUUAUUAACAGUAACACCAGGUCCAAGAUUAUUAUACGAACAUAUUGCAUCAUCACCAAUUAUCCUCGAGGAAGGCACUAUGGGUGUUCCAGGUGCUAUGAUGGGUGGAUUUGGUGACGAUGGUGCUAACUCAUUCAUGGACUUCGGUGUUGACCCAUCUAUGGACCCAGAAUUAGCUAUGGCUUUACGUCUCUCUAUGGAAGAAGAACAACAAAGACAAGACAGAUUAAGACAACAAGAACAACAGAACCAACCUAAUGAAGAAGCUAAAUAA